UCCUGCUGACUUGCUUGCUUGCUCACACUGCCAUAGAAACAGGGUUCCUGAGUGCAGUGGAGGCUCAUUCUGUUCAGAAGCAGGCAAGGGAGAGGAUCGGGAGGACAGAGUGAGAGGGGGGAGAAAAAAAGGAAGAAGAGAGAGGCAGAGAGGAGAAGAGAAACAGAGGGAGAGAGAAGUGGGAGAGAGUGAAGGAUCAAGAGAGGAAAAAGUGAGAGACACUGUCACUGACGCUACUUUUGGCCUCCUGCUCGCUGUGUUUGUGGUCUGUGGCCUGGCUCUGCUGGGCCUUCUUUCAUUCGUCUCCUGGAAGCUGUGCUGGGUUCCUUGGCGGACUAAGGCCCAUUUCUCCAGUCCUUCCCUCAGCCCGGCCCGUGGCCCUCAGGACUGCCCUCUCCAGCCGCCUCUCCCGCUGCCUAGUCCCCAGCAUUCGCCGGUCACCAUGGCUACAGAGAAGGUGAAGGACCCCCUGGGUUCGAUGGGUUUCCUGGAGGCGGCAGUGAAGAUAAGCCAUACUUCUCCAGACAUCCCCACCGAUGUGCAGCUCUCUAUGAGGGAGCAUUUCCUACGUCGCACGCAACGCAUGCAGAGACAAACCACUGAGCCGGCUUCCUCCACUCGUGAGGAAUUCAACAGUGUCAGGCACAAUUCAUUCAAAAGACACCUGCCCCGUCAAAUGCAGGUGGGCAGCCUGGACCUGGGAAACGACUAUGUGGACAAGGAUGAAAAGCCCACCAGCAUCGGCCGUAUCCAACCAGAGCUCUACCAACAGAAGACCUUAGAUUCAGAGGAUUCAUCCAAGAACGGCAGCAGUAAAAACUGUGGCAGGAUUAACUUCUCUCUCAAGUACGACUAUGAAAAUGAGGCCCUCCUCGUCAACAUCCUCAAGGCAGUAGACCUUCCUGCCAAGGACUUGUGUGGCACAUCUGACCCUUACGUGAAGGUCUACCUGCUGCCUGACCGCAAGAAGUUCCAGACUCGUGUCCACCGGAAGACACUCAACCCCACAUUCAACGAGAGCUUCCAGUUUCCAGUGCCUUACGAUGAGCUGGCCGCCAGGAAGCUCCACAUGAGCGUCUUCGACUUUGACCGAUUUUCACGGCAUGAUAUGAUUGGGGAGGUGGUGCUGGAGAACUUGUUUGAGACGUCAGACCUGUCCAGGGAAACAAACAUAUGGAGGGACAUCGACUAUGCCACCAGUGAAAGUGUCGACCUUGGGGAGAUCAUGUUCUCACUAUGCUACCUGCCCACCGCAGGCAGACUCACACUUACUGUCAUCAAGUGCAGGAACCUCAAGGCCAUGGACAUCACUGGAUACUCAGAUCCCUACGUCAAAGUGUCGCUCAUCUGUGACGGCAGACGUUUGAAAAAGAAGAAGACAAGCAUAAAAAAAAACACACUGAAUCCCACCUACAAUGAGGCCAUCAUCUUUGACAUCCCACCAGACAGCAUGGACCAUGUCAGCCUGCACAUCUCUGUCAUGGACUACGAUCUGGUAGGUCAUAAUGAGAUCAUUGGCGUGAUGAGGGUUGGAUGCAACGCGGAAGGACUUGGCAGGGACCACUGGAACGAGAUGCUGGCUUAUCCACGGAAGCCCAUUGCACACUGGCACCCCCUGCUGGAGUCUAAGAAAUCUGAGAAGGAGUGGAAGGCGAGGACAGCCAGCUUUGACAGCCAGGGCUCCUGCCCCUCACCCCGGCCCCCCGCCAGCCCCUGAGCAGAGCCACCUGUGACCCAGCAGCCCAGAAGGGGGUUUCCUCCCUCCUGCUGAUCCACAUCCCGUCUGUCUGAUUGAGGAGACACACAACCCCACUGUCUCUCCCUCUCUGUCCCGCUCUCUCUGUCUGUCCCUCUCUUCCUCAAGUCCAGUCCCAGAGCACUCCCAAGAACUGAUCUAGGACUACCGCCAGUCAGUUAGUUGUGUGAAGCACAGUCUUUUUGGGUUCAAAUUUAGGGUCCUCGGUUUGAAAUGUGGAUGUUGUGACAGCCCAAAGUUGGUUUUGUUGUUCUCAAGAGAAGAUUGGCUGGACAUCCAGUCUACAGACAUUCAUUACUGAGCUGUCCCAGCUGAGGUGAACUGAUCUCGGUGUCCUCACAGGAGACUUCCCGAACACUGAAGAUUCGGAGACAGAAUCUAUAGAUAGAAAAACUCUGUCGGAUAUCGCUCUCUGAAGGCAGCGGAAGUUUCACAGAGGGAAGCUGAGGACGCCGCCGGGGUCGAAAAAGAGACGAUCUUAAAAGGGAUCUGAAGCUAUUCUGAAACUCUAAAGCUCUCUCCCAUUGAAUUUUACAGUGGUGUAUUAGCAUAAAACGAUACUGAACUGUAGCAUUGAGGAACAAUUGGGUACAAAACCGCUCCAUCAUUUGUUAUUGUUUGUGAUGCUCCAGCUGAGUUGACUCCUACUUCCAGUUUCAUCACUUACAUAAGCAAUUAUCGGAUCUCCAGCUCAUUGAGGAGAAGCUAAAUCAGGCUGAAACUAAUAAAUUCUCAUUUAGACAAUUUGCAGCUUUAGUGUGUCUUCAAAAGCAGCCAUUUUACAUAACAAAGAAAAAAACAACAGGAUUAUUUGGCUUUACAUCAGAGCAGACUGACUGCAGUUUUUUAAUCAAUCUUUGUCAAUUUUUUAAGUGAAAUUACCUGACAUAGGCACAGUUCACUUAUACAACUAAGUAAAAGUCAUCCGAAAAGAAAAGAGUUUUAAAAAGGAAAUGAUAAUAGUCAUGUUUUGUCAAUGGCCUGCAAAGGUUUCUGUACACAGAGAAAAUGCGAGCACACUUUACACACCUUUACCUCUUUCUGUUUGAUGUUUGCUUCUGAGCAAUCUCACCCUUUCUUCCAAGUGAAAACUCACACAAACACAAUGGUUUCCUCACAAAAAUCACUUUUCAAAUGCACUUCUUUGUCUCCUAUUGUGCUUUUUUUUUUUUUUUUUUUUAAGUAUCUGAUUUUAGUGGAUGUGUAUAGCUUUAUGUACAGGCAUCCUCUGGUUACUGUGUGUGUGUUCUGUUUUUCUAAACUAAAAACCAGAAAAGAUGUAAUGAUAGGAAUAUGUUUUAAAAAAUGGAUUUAUGUAGCUUUGUUGGUGAUGAUGACUGAGAAAAACCUAAAUGAAAAAGAACAUAUUCUUCUUUUAGAAACAUGCAACUUUCUUGAUGUUUAUUCUGUCACUAAUUAUACUGUUUACUUUGUGUACAGAGAUAAUGUGUUUAUAUUCAUAUUGUUUUAAUUUUAAUAUCUCACACACAUUCUUGAGCUGCAGUUUUUGAGGAUAUUAGAUAUGACAAGAAAAGUUAUCUUUGUGUCCAUAUGAAUAAUUUAUCAGGUCCCUGCUGAGUCAGAAACAAGAUGCACAAGAUCACAAUUAAAGCUUUGAUUACUGUCCUAUAAACAAUUUGCCACUUGUUCAGGUGAAAAGCAGUGAAGCAGUCAUUUUUAUUCAAGAAUAUUACAUAAUGGGGUUCCAUAUUUGCUAUGUUUUCCUUGAGUUUCCCCUCUAAUGGCGGUUUUAUUUGCAGUAAAAUACAGGAGAAUUGAGAUGCAAGUGCACAAGGAGUAGAAAACAAUUAAAGACAUUGUUUUAGUGCCACAAAACACAUGAAUCACAAAUGCAAUACGUGAAAAUCUUCAUAGUCCAACGAGAAAUCUUUGUUUCACGUCUGAGAGCAGCUUAACUUUCCAACAACCACCAGGCUAGUUUUAGCCACAUGCUAACAAAGCACAUUUUCAGAAGCAUUUCAUUGCAGUUCUUCUAGCUGGUGAAGAACAAACAGCUCACACUGUUAAACUGUGCAUAUUUGUUGCCAUGUUUAUAUGAUAUACAAAACUGUGUUGGUUCUGUGUUCAGCUUGUGUAAUGGGCAAACAGCGGGAAUUGCUCACAAUAUUUGCUUGUGCUAUAUUAGCAUAUUAAUGCUAAUAUAGCUUUAUGUCAGGCGUUUCUGCAUAUUUCUGCAUAUUUCAGCCUCUGAAAGUUGUCAUCUCUCAGCUAGCUCGAGCUAAGUUUGUGUCAUUCAAGGUAGCGUUAUCAUUGCUAUUAGCUCAAAUUUCCCAUCGGAAUACGAUAUUUUAAGCAAACAUCAAAGUGCAGCACAUGAAAAGGCUUUGGGAGUGUGGAAUUAAAUCACUUUUACACUAUAGGAUUACUUGUUUGCUCAGCAGGCAAACAGCAGGAAUUAAAUGUAUGCUAAUGUAACUUUCUAAAGUUACAUUAGCAUAUUUAUGCCAAUAGCUAUAGCUUGUGUGACGGGUUUGUGCAGUUUUACUUUCAGCCUCUGCAAUUUGUCAUGUUUCACAGUUAACUCAAGCCAACUUUCUGUCAUCUGGCUCAGUGUUAUCUUUGCUAUUAGUUUCUCACAGAGCGGUGGUAUAUUAGCUCGCAAGCUAACAUUCACUGCAGCAAAUGGAAAAACUUAAGUAAUGUGGGAUGAAAUCACCUCUGCACUGUAGUUUUAUUGAUUUCAACUAAGUUUUUAUUCUAAAGUAGUCAAAGGUGGCUGAUAAGUUCGGGCGUUUUGUGAUUUUCUAGCGUCUCAUUGCAGGCUCAUCUUCAAUUAUUUGUCUACGAGAAAGCCAUGAAUGGAAAUUAAAGGUAAUGGAUUUCCAUUUAACUUUGCAACCAGGAAAAACAAAGACAAUUCAUCAUUUUCCUUCUGUUCCAGGUUUUUACCCUCCUGUAGCAGUAGUUUUGUUACUGUAAUUGGCAAGCACAGAUACGAUCAGUACAUUCAGGCCAGGAAAUGUUAAGUCAUAGAGUAAAUAUCAGGCAGGAAAGCUGCCAGGAAAGAUUUACAGGUUUUAUUUGGUGGUGCUUAAACAGAUAAUUUCUGUUAAUAAUAGUUUUGUAUAAUCUCAACAGUAACUUUACCCUGAUAUGUAACAAUGGUCUUGGCAUGGUGCGGACGAGUCUAGACAUCUGGGCAAGUAGAAGCACAGCUCAGCAGCAGACUGUUGCACAAUGAGAAGGCUAUAUAUCACAGAGUUUGUGAAAAUGUCAUAGAAAAACUGGAGCCAGACAUCAAGACAUGAGCAAAUGCAUUCAGCAGACACAGCAAGGUCUGUUUCAGUCAUUUCCUUCCUGGGUAAGUUUACCUCAUGUGAGCGGUGUAGUACGUCGGUGUUACAGCUGGAGGCUGAGAUAACACAGCGAGGGCAGCUGAAGGGCGGACAGGUCAGCAUCUACAGAGCAGUGGCAUUUCUCUAAUUGGCACUUGUUAUAGUGAGAAUGAGUCAGUGCGUUAUUGUUCGUGCUUGACGUAAUCUUUGACGGCAUCAACACCCCCUUCCACUAAUAUGACAGUAUAAAAUUUGCUGUUAUUCACAGUCGUUUAAAUGGUGAAAUUCCUCUCUAGACUAAUAACAUUAUUCAUUUAAGUGUACAAUUUGAAACAAGUGUUUGCACAAUGGCGUAGUUUCUGUUCUCUCUGUUGCAAAACGUGCUUUAUGAUGGUCAUAUUUUUCUCUGACAAUGUGCUGUGUUUUCAUAGUAGAUGAAACCUGUUAAAUCAAUUGCCUCAGUUCAUGGACUGUUUCAAGACCUUCUGACUUUGCCUAAUAUUGUAAUGUUUCUUGAUAUGAUCUCGUAUCCCUUCCAACUGUUAUAAUAGCACUGAAUUUACAAUUUUUUAUUGAACAUUUUGUAUUUGUAAUAAUAGAAAUGUUUGAGGAAAUGUUAGUUCAGACAAAUGUCUAUUAUGAUCUCCUUUUAGAUUCUAGAUCAUUAUCAAGAUUCAAAGUCUGAGUGACCCAGUGUGUAAUAAAGUAAAAUGAACAGCAUUUUUUUUGUUUCAACAAGUCUGAAAAUCGACAUCAGAAAAUUACUUGUUUUUUUCUCCCAUGGGACGUGAUGUGUUAUCAGUUCUGUGACAUGGUUUUCUUUCUUUGAUUAAAAGACUCAAGCAAAA